GUACAUGUAGGUAUCUCAACUUUUUGUAGUUCUGAAGACUUCUGAAAACUUAUCAUCUAUUUGCAUGAUAGAUAUGUUGUAAUGAACAAAAGAGAUUUAAAACAACAUCCCAAAUAAUUAUAGCUGAUUGUUGAUAAAGGAUGUCAGUCCUGACAAGACAGAUUUUACAGCUGUGUUCUAGAUGUCACACUCCAUUGAUUACAUCAGUAAAUUUUAUUCAUGAGAUAGACCGCAAAGGAGGAUAUAACCACAGGGUUGAACGUCCUGUCAAGGAAAGGUUAAAAGAAGGGUAUGAAAUUUUCAAAAAAGACAUCAAAGUUUUCGGUGAAGAAAUGAAAGACAAAUGGAGAGAAGAUAGGAUGCUAAUAGCAAAUCAUAAUGAUUAUGAAUAUUUUUGGAAAUUUGAUGGUGCUAAAACUUUAGAACCCUGGGUUGUUACAUCUGACAGAGACAAUUUAGAAGGCUUCAGCAAGGCUGAGAUGGCCCUUAGUAAAAAUAACAAGGCCUUAUUUCAUGGGUAUAUAUCUCAAAGACUUCCUAAAGAUGGCGUCCUUACAAGUACAGGCUACGCUAAUAUGAGGUCACCUCUCAAAACGAGAUCAUUUCAAAGACAAGAACCGUAUGAUUGGAGUAUGUUUACACAUCUGAUAUUGCGUGUAAGGGGAGAUGGACGCCCAUAUCAGUUGUGUAUAUUGAUGCACCGAUACUUUGAUGUUCAGUGGUUUGACAUGUAUAACUACACAUUGUUUACUAGAGGUGGCCCUUACUGGCAGAUAGCUAAAAUUCCUUUCUCAAAGUUUUAUUUGUCUCAUAAAGGUAGAAUAUUAGACGACCAGAGGAAGAUUGACUUAGAUAAUGUGCGUAAUUUUGGAAUAACUCUUGCCGAUAGUGUUGAAGGACCGUUUCAGUUAGAAGUGGAUUAUAUUGGGUUAAUCAAUGAUGAAAGUCAUGCAGAAGAGUUUGCAUAUGAAUUGUAUCGUCAUGAAUUUAUUACGUUGUGAUUAAAUUUUAUUUUAACUUUA